GCGGAGCCAGCGCGAGAGUGAGCGCGGCGGACCCGAUCUGCGCCCCUCCAGCCUCUGCCCCGCGGGUUCGCGCCCUCCCGUCCGGCCCUGAGCAGCGUCUGGGCUCCCCCCCGCCGCCCAGCCGGCCCCGAGCGCAGGGACCCCCGGGCAGGGUCCGCUCCCCAGCGCAGGCAGCAUGGCGGCCCCCCCGGUGGGGCUGGAGGACGCGGAGUUGCGAGAGGCGCAGCGCGACUACCUCGACUUCCUGGACGAUGAGGAAGAUCAGGGGAUUUACCAGAGCAAAGUCCGGGAUGUGAUCAGUGACAAUCAGUAUCGUCUGAUUGUCAGCAUCAAUGACCUACGGCGGAAGAAUGAGAAGAGAGCCAACCGGCUCCUGAGCAAUGCCUUCGAGGAGCUGGUCGCCUUUCAGCGCGCCCUGAAGGACUUUGUUGCCUCCAUUGACGCCACGUACGCUAAGCAGUAUGAGGAGUUCUACAUCGGGCUCGAGGGCAGCUUUGGUUCCAAACACGUGACGCCCCGGACACUGACAUCCUGUUUUCUGGGCUGCAUGGUCUGCGUGGAGGGCAUUGUCACAAAAUGCUCUCUGGUACGUCCAAAGAUCGUCCGCAGUGUCCAUUACUGCGCAGCUACCAAGAAGACCAUUGAACGCCGAUACACGGACAUGACGACUCUUGAAGCUUUUCCAUCCAGCUCUGUCUACCCCACCAAGGAUGAAGAGAACAAUCCCCUGGAGACGGAGUUUGGCCUCUCUGUCUACAAGGACCAUCAAACCAUCACCAUCCAGGAGAUGCCUGAGAAGGCCCCAGCUGGUCAGCUUCCUCGCUCUGUGGACAUUGUUCUGGAUGAUGACCUGGUGGAUAGGGUGAAGCCUGGGGACCGAAUCCAGGUUGUUGGGACUUACCGCUGUCUGCCCGGGAAGAAGGGGGGCUACACAUCAGGGACAUUCAGAACCAUUUUGAUCGCCUGCCAUGUGAAGCAGAUGAGCAAAGAAGUUCGGCCUCUCUACUCUGCCUCUGAUGUAGCCAAGAUCAAGAGAUUUAGCAAAAGUCGCUCAAAGGAUGUCUUUGACCAGCUGUCGAGGUCUCUGGCCCCCAGUAUCCACGGGCAUGAGUAUAUCAAGAAGGCGAUUCUCUGCAUGCUGCUCGGAGGAGUGGAGAAGGUCCUGGAGAAUGGGAGCCGCAUCCGAGGAGACAUCAACAUCCUGCUGAUCGGAGACCCUUCGGUCGCCAAGUCUCAGCUGCUGCGUUAUGUGCUCUCCACAGCCCCCCGGGCCAUCCCGACCACUGGCAGGGGCUCCUCCGGGGUUGGUCUGACUGCUGCCGUCACCACGGACCAAGAAACCGGUGAACGCCGCUUGGAAGCGGGAGCCAUGGUCCUGGCUGACCGGGGCGUGGUCUGCAUUGAUGAGUUCGACAAGAUGUCUGACAUCGACCGCACCGCCAUCCAUGAGGUGAUGGAGCAGGGCCGCGUGACCAUUGCCAAGGCAGGCAUCCAUGCCAGGCUCAAUGCCCGCUGCAGUGUGCUGGCUGCAGCCAAUCCUGUCUACGGCAGGUACGAUCAGUACAAAACUCCCAUGGAGAACAUCGGCCUUCAAGACUCCUUGCUGUCCCGAUUCGAUCUGCUCUUCAUUGUCUUGGAUCAGAUGGACCCAGAGCAUGACAGGGAGAUCUCAGACCACGUCCUGCGAAUGCACCGGUACCGAGGACCUGGCGAGCAGGAUGGGGAUGCCAUGCCCCUGGGCAGCGCAAUAGAGAUCCUGGCUACGGAUGAUCCUAAUGUGGUGCAGGAGGAGGACCAGGAGCUACAAGUGUAUGAGAAACACGACAACCUUCUGCAUGGUCCCAAGAGGCACAAAGAGAAGAUAGUUAGCAUGGAGUUCAUGAGAAAAUACAUCCACGUGGCCAAGAUCAUCAAGCCGGUGUUGACCCAAGAGUCAGCGAAUUACAUAGCGGAGGAGUACUCCCGCCUCCGCAGCCAGGACCAGAUGAGCUCCGACAUCGCUAGGACCUCCCCUGUCACGGCCCGUACGCUGGAGACGCUGAUCAGACUUUCCACGGCCCACGCGAAAGCCAGGAUGAACAAAACAAUCGACCUGCAGGACGCGGAAGCUGCUGUAGAGCUGGUGCAGUUCGCCUACUUCAAAAAGGUGCUGGAGAAAGAAAAGAAACGCAAAAAGCAGGCGGAGGAUGAUACAGAGACUGAAGAGGAAGAGGAACCAGAGGGUGGCGAGAGAAGGAAAAAGAGGAGGAAGAAGGCACGCCCUGGGGAUCAGGAAGCCAAGGAGGGGGAGUCUUAUGACCCCUAUGACUUCAGUGACACAGAAGAGGAAAUGCCAGAAGUCCAGGCACAUACCCCAAAGACCCCUGAACCUGCGGAGACUGGAGGGAGCAAAAAGACCGAGUUGGCUGACUCAAGGCUGAAAGCUUUCAAGGCUGGCCUCUUGGAGGUGUUCAGAGCUGCCCAUGCGCAGUCUGUGGGUCUGAAGAGCCUGAUGGAGUCCAUCAACCGGGACAACCCUGACCCCUUCUCGGCAGCUGAAGUCAAGGUGGCAUUGGAGCGCAUGCAAGACGAUAACCAGAUCAUGAUGUCUGAUGACAUUAUCUUCUUAAUCUGAACUUCAGGGUGGGAGAUGCCAAAUUCUCAUGAAUUGGCAUUGGAAACUCUUCUCCUCUGAGUCCUCAGACCCAUCCUGAAUGCUUUACUUGGCAGAACUGAACUUUCUGCCACUUGUAGCCCAAGCUGGAAUUGGCAAACUCUGCAGCUGCACUGCCUCAUGGAGCUUGAGAGGGAAUAAAGAAGCUGGUUCUUGAAGGCCUGGGGAUCCAAAGUCUGUUUUGGUUAGUUUGAUUCCAAAACCAUUGGAAUGUUUUUGUUUUUAUGAGUAGCAAAAAGCCCUUGCGUACAAAUUACUUAUCUUCUAAAUGUGCUCUAGGUGAGUCUCAGCUGUAUGCAACUGCUAAUGAGCUUCAUUCAGGACACAAUAGUUGAGAUUGAUUUGGGAUUUUUAUCUCCGUGUGGAGAGCUCAGGAUACAAGUUCUUGCUAUACACUUUCACGUAGCACAGAUUUCUCAUUCCGAAGUGGUCCUUUUAAACCCCACUUCCAUUUUUUUAAAUGUUUGCCUAAAGUGUUACUUUUACUUUUUACAGUGGCAAUGCACAAAUUCACCAUUUGGUGGCAACAGUUUUAUAAAUUCUCAUACUUUACAGUUUUUAAAUGGGAUAUUAAUAUGCACUUAGGA